AUGAUCUCGUCUAGAAAAAAUAUUUCUACAAUACCAGCUAAAGGUUGGGCUGCUUAUGAUCCUGUAGGAUCGUUCAGUUUAUUUGAAUUUGAACGACGUUCAUUAAACGACAGCGAUGUUCUAAUUCGUAUUUAUUUCUGUGGUAUAUGCCAUACUGAUAUUCACGAGGCACAAAAUGAUUGGAACGUAGCAAAAUAUCCAAUGGUGCCUGGUCAUGAAAUAACCGGUAUUGUUGAACAAGUUGGUUCAGAUGUAAAGCGUUUUCAAAUUGGAGAUCCAGUUGGUGUCGGAUGCUUAGUUGAUUCGUGUCGCACGUGUUUGCCAUGUCAAACGAAUCUUGAGCAACACUGUACUGCUGGUGCGACCUAUACGUACAAUGGUAUUGAAAUGGAUCGAAAGAUACCUACUUAUGGAGGAUACUCGAAUCUGAUCGUAGUAACAGAACAUUUCGUCUGCCUAAUUCCAAAGAACUUACCUUUAGACGGGGCUGCUCCAUUACUUUGUGCUGGUACUACAACUUAUUCAGCAUUACGUCGAUACAAUGUCAUCAAAGAUACGCAUAUUGGGAUAAUUGGACUUGGGGGUCUUGGGCAUAUAGCAUUGAAAUUGGCUGUUGCUAUGGGUGCGCAUGUAACCGUCAUUGCUUUGUCAGAAUCACAACGAAAUGAUGCAAUUAGACUUGGAGCCAAAGGAUUCAUUGUGUCAAAUGAUCAAGAAACAUUAAAGAAAGCUGAAGGAACACUCAAUUUUAUUAUUGACACAGUACCAGUACCACAUAAUGUUUCUGCUCUGCUUCAAUUACUGGCAUUUGAAGGAGUAUUUUGCAUGAUUGGUAUAUCGUCGAAACCAAUUGAAAUUGCUCCCCUUGACUUAGUUAUGAAACGUCUAACAAUCUGGGGAUCUCUUAUCAGCGGAAUGAGAGAAACGCAAGAAAUGUUGAAUUUCUGUGGUCAAAAUGAAAUAACAUGUGAUAUUGAACUGAUUGAAGCGACACCAAAUAUGAUUAAAACAGCUUUUGAGCGAAUACUCAAAGGUGAUGUCAAAUAUCGUUUUGUACUUGACAUGAAAAAUGCAUUUAAAUGA